CUACCCAAGGGGAAUAACUCUACUGAUUACGCCAAGCUGGGGAUUUUUUUCUGUAUUAAUCCAGAAAAUGUGUUCCUUUUCAGAGAUAAAAAUAAGCUUGAGCAAUGGCAAAGAGCUAAAGUUUUCUCACCCGGCGGGUCAGACGGAUGGUAGUGUAGAUUAUCCACAACUUCAGAAAUCGGUAAAACAUAUCCAAGAAGAGAGUAACAAAGCACUAACCGACGCAAUAAACGCCGAAAAAACAGCCAGUUUGGAAUCAAAUAAUUUGAACACAAAUAAAGAUGAUGCAAUGGAUGAUGAAGAUGAGGACGAUGAUGAUGAUGAUGAUGAUGAUAAUGAUAAUAGUGUUGAGCCUGCAGAGAAGAAAUUAAAAACCUGAUAAUAUGAACUUCUGUGAUAAAUAUAAACAUUCCAUCUAGAAUGAUCCAUGUGACUCACUAAGGCAAGGAACCAAUCCCCUAAUCGUUUCUGUAAAGUGCCCCAUGGAACUCCAGGCCGAACUUUUGAACCAGGAACGGAAUUGGAUACACUUAGUAAUCAUCUUGUUUUUAAUACUCUACAAAAAUGCCUAAGGCUCCACCAAUUUUAGUACAGGCUUGUUCAGGUUCUUUGGACAAUUGCGAAUCGAUUGACAGACUUUGAAUUUUGAUGUGAAGUCACAAUUCCAUGAUGGCUGCAGUGAUAGCAUGAUUGGUUCCUGGUUCAUAUACCUGUAUUUGUAGUACUUGUACUUGCUUAUAUACAUGUAAUAUAGAGGCAUUAGAACUUUAGUGACACUGAUGUGCAGUACCUAGUUAGGCCUCACCAAUUUGAAGCCUUGUUCUUCAGGCCUAACCAAUUUGAAGCUUUGUUCUUCAGAACACCUUUAACACUGAUUUUAAUUUGGCACAAGUGGCUAUAUACAGGUAUGAGCCUGAAUAACUAAAAUUUAAAUUGGUUUGGUCUUACCACUGCUAUGAAGGUUUCUGCUAAGUGAAGAAAAGUACUAAAAAAUAAGACAAAUUAUAUAAAAAUUUCUUUUAUUAAAACCUCUCUAAAUAUUUUUUUAAACAAAAAUUUGGAAAAUAAAUGAAAGCUAUAAAGAAUU